AAUAACUCAGCAGGUAUCCAGGCAGUAUUUGUGGCAGAACUGUAACUGCCACAGUGAGAGAAGAUGCCUGUUAAGCUGGUGUAUGGGGGGAAACUGACGGAGUCAGAUCCCAAAGAUUUCCCGGUGGUCAUUGUAGGACAGCUGCCUCACCUCACAAGUAUCACAUUCGAUGAUGUCAAAGUUAAGCUGGAACCUAGAGUCAACAAAGAAACGUUUAGUCUAGCUGUGAGUAGCCUGCGACCCUCCCCUACUGAUACUUGUCCCCUCUGGUUAAGGAAUGCCACCCUAGCUGCCCUGCCCCUGAAGAGUAGCCGACACAACACCCCAUCUCGUGCUCAUUCUUUGUCCAAACUCGUGAAAGGCUGUCUGUCUGGCCAGGAUGAAUUCGUUGUGAUUGUGUGUGAGAGAAAGGAUGUGUUCGCCCUGGGCUGUGCUGUAGCCAGAAUUUUGCCGUUGUACUCGGGGAAGUCUGGACAGAGCUCCGUAGAUUACACGCUGACCGUGGACUUCCUGUUGGUUGGGCCAGACAAGGAUAAGCCGCUUACUAAGGACGAUCUUCACUGUUUGUCGGCCUCAGCUCAUGGCAUCAGACUCGCUGCAGAAAUUGUGGAUAAGCCAUGUUCUCAUAUGAACACAGAUGACUUUGUAAAGGAGGCAGAGACUGUUGCUAGGGAGCUUCAGAUCACUCCGUAUAUUGUACGGGGAGAGGAUCUAAAGGAAAAAGGAUUUGGGGGCAUUUAUAAUGUUGGAAGGGCCGCAGAACACCCACCGGCUUUAGUGGUGCUGAGCCACAAACCAGAGGGAGCCACCAAAAAUAUUGCCUGGGUCGGCAAGGGGAUUGUGUUUGAUACUGGUGGACUCUGCAUUAAAGCUAGGACUGGUAUGUGUGGGAUGAAGAGGGACUGUGGAGGAGCUGCAGGUAUCCUUGGAGCUUUCUAUGGGGCUGUCAAACUGGGUUUUAGUGAGAAUUUACAUGCUGUGUUCUGUGUGGCUGAGAAUGCAGUAGGACCACUGGCCACACGCACUGACGAUGUCUAUACGCACUACUCAGGGAGAACUGUGGAAGUGAAUAAUACAGAUGCAGAAGGAAGACUUGUUCUGGCUGAUGGGGUUGCUUAUGCUAGGAAAGAUUUGAAAGCUGAUGUUGUUGUUGACAUGGCAACUUUAACUGGUGCCCAAGGAAUUGCUACUGGUAAAUACCAUGGCAGUAUUGUCACCAAUGAUGAAAACAUGGAGCUGUGGUGCGUGAAGGCGGGACAAAAUUCAGCAGACCUAGUACAUGCUAUGCCAUACUCCCCCGAGCUUCAUUUCCCAGAAUUCAAUAGUGCAAUAGCGGAUGCCAAAAACUCUGUGGCAGACAGGAGUAAUGCUCAGGUAUCCUGUGCUGGCCUCUACAUAGCAUCAAACCUCGGAUUUGACUAUCCUGGAAUUUGGCUCCAUAUUGAUAUGGCUGCCCCCGUUCACAAUGGAGAAAGAGCUACAGGCUAUGGCGUGGCAUUGCUGACCAGCUUGUUUGGUCAGAUGUCCCAGAAUUCCCUUCUUAAUUACGUGGCGCCCCCUAUGUCUAUACAAGAGACCAUGGAAGUGGAGAGUGAAGAUUCCUCUAAGAAGAUCCGACGCUACUGAUGACUGAUUUGUUGCUUAAAACAGUGAUGUUGUGCAAAUCAUAGAUUAUUUAAUUUUUUUUUAUGAUAGCAGUCAUUUGUUUAUUUUGCUUGAAUUUAGAGAGUUCUUUUUUGACAUUUAAUUAUUUAUUAAUUAGGUUUGUAGAUAUGAAUUUAUACAAAAAUCAUUCUCACAUAGUAUUUAAUUACUUUACAUAUAUUUGUUUGUUUUUGACUCCUCUUAGGUAAGAAAGUCAAAAAUUACAUCCCAAUCAGAAAAUUUAAAAGCAGGAAACAGAUCCUAAUACAAGCUAUUUGUAAUAAAAUCUUACAGUCAGAACUAACACAAGAUAUAGAUGCCAAAAUAAUCAGAACAAACUGUGUCUUUUAAAGUUUAUACAGGUAAAUUACCGUAUAAUUCCUACUAACUGCCCCUACCCCUACAAGCGCCCCUAGGCCUUUUUCAAUUGUUGGAGUCCUGUGUACAGUGAUGAAAAUCAUCUAGAAUUGCAUCAAAAGUGUGCCAUAAUUUGAAGAAAGUGAAAAUGAAAGCUGGUUAUAGGGUAACUCUUAUGUAAAGUAUUCCUGAAAGUGAAAGAUUUUAGAACCACCUAAUCAUUAUGUAUUUCUGAAAGUGAAAGUUACCUACAAAAUUUGUCCUCCUUGUGUAAUCUCUAAUUUCUCAGUAGAAAAUGAUUGAUAUAGCAUAAUUUUGGUGGAUUACCAGUAUCUUGGCUUAAAGGAAAGUUAGGAAAUCUUUUAGUCGUUCUCUGAAUUUACUUUUUUUUCAAAAGAUUUUUUGAAGUAAAAUAAGACAUAAAAAUUAAAACUAAAAAAGCAAAAUAACCGCCACCUUUUCACAAGUGCCCAGGGUGGUAAAUAGGGAUUAUACGGUAAUUGACAAGUCCUCAGAAGUUCUAAGAUUAUAUGUGUAGGGAAAUAUUGCAAAGAGUGCAAAGUGUUUAUACAUGUUUAAUGUAAAUAAUUCAGGUGUCUAAGAUCAUGGGCCUAUUAUAUUAACAAUGAUUAAAAGUCUCAUGAAAACUUACAGACAGCAUAUACAUGUGAUGUCUUAAGUUUAGAAUAAAAUAUUUUUUUUACACAUUUUUGGAGAAAAAAUUAUGAAUUUUAAGAUGCGAAUCAGUAUAUGAUUUUUUUUUUUUGGUUGAGAGACUCUCAUAUAUAUUUUGUGAUUAAUAUGUGAUAUAUAUUUCAUGUAAAAGUGCUGAAUGCUAAUGUUUGAUUGUAUUGAUUUUCUGUUUAAAAAAUAUGUGCUGAGAGUGGAAAUAAAACAUCAAAUAAAAGAAGAAUAAUAGACAA